AGCACGGGAUGAUAUGGAAAAAUUGAUUGAGUGCAUCGCAAUAGAUAUUACGUCAAUUACUCUUUUGUGUGUUAUGAUUGUACUUUAUUUUAAACAAAAUAAGAUUAGAGAAUUGUUCAUUGAAACGGAAUCUAUUUGGAAAUUUUGGUCAUCUAUCCCGGAAAGAAAAAUUAUUUCCACCCACGCAAAUUAUGGAAGACUUAUUACAAUUAUCUGUAUAGGAAUCCUAUCGGGAGCAGUAGCUGCUUAUAUAAUACAGCCGAUAUUUCCACGACUUCUCGAUAUUAUUGUACCUCUAAAUGAAUCAAGAUCAAAGGAAGCGCCAUAUCCAAUCUAUUACUUUCUUAACUAUUCCGAAAAACAUUUCAAUUGGAUCGUCCUUUAUUUUACAUGUAACUCCUUUUCAAUACUAAUUAUUUUAAUUGCCUUUGAAUCUGUUUUAGCUGUUAGUAUCGAACAUGCAUGUGGUUUAUUCAAAUUAAUCAGUUUAAAUUUAAGAACGCUUAAUGCUAAAAUGACGGAAAUGGAAAAUUUGCAAAUAGUUUAUUUUUGCGUGGAGCAACAUAAUCAAGCUAUUAAAUAUUGCGAUAUUAUUGAAUCGAUUUACAGUCCUUGUCUUUUCUUCGUAGUGUCGGUGAAUUGUAUGUUCUUUUCUCUCUCACUAUAUGAGAUUGUUACGCAUCUUAAUGAUUUUGCAAUAGCUGCUAAAUUCGGAUUGUUCGUUUUCUCUUCCUCAACGAAUCUUAUGAUUCCAAAUUUUUUUUCCCAAAGACUAAUGGACCACAGUACCGAACUCGCAGAUAUUGUAUAUGAUAUUCCUUGGAAUCAAAUGCAAUUGAGAGUAAAAAGAAAUUUUGUUUUUAUUAUGAUGAGGAGCAGAAUUCCGUGCAAAAUAACAGCUGGGAAAAUGUUGGAUUUAUCAUUUAGAACUGCUACAGCGGUAAGAAUUUUUCUCUUUCGAUUUUUGAAGAUUAUCAUCUUUAGAAAGUGGAAUAUAAUGUCGAACACCUUCGACAAUCAUUAUUUUUAUGUCAAUAAAUUCUUCUUAUCUUGCAUUGGCCAGUGGCCUUUUCAUAACGAAAAGCGAAAUUUUUCCAUUCAGUGUUUCAUCAUUCUGCAUCUAUUCAUUUUCUUUAUUCCAACGGCAACUGGUUUUUUUAAAGCAUGCGGAAACAUGAAUACACUAACGGAGUGUAUACCAACAGUUUGUUCAGGAAUAACUUCUCUUAGUUUUAGCAUUAUUUUCUUAUUUAAACAAGAGAAGUUGAUAAAACUUUAUCGAGAAAUCAAAUUCGAUUGGGAAUGUUUGUCCUCUGAUCAGGAUCAAUUAAUUAUUUCAAAACACGCAAAUCAUGGACGACGGUUCACAAUUUUUUUUACAGGAUGCAUAAUUGGCUCAUUAAUAACAUAUAAUACACUAAUGUCAUCAACUCCACAAUUUUUCAAUAUGAUUUUACCAGUGAACGAAUCGCGAACAAAUCAACUACCAUGUCAUGUGUAUUAUUUUUUUAAUUAUUCGGAAAAAUAUUUUUACUGGAUUAUUGUACAUUUUUCCUUUAAUACACUAUUGGAGACGGUGAUUUUUAUUGUUUUCGAAUCAGUUUUGGCUGUGUCCAUUGAGCAUGCAUGUGGAUUAUUCAAAAAAAUUGGUUUACAUGUGCAGAAAAUUAAUUGUACUGAUACGGAAAAAGAUAACUUGAGAGCCCUGAUGUAUUGCGUUUCGGAACAUAAUCGAGCAAUUGAAUUUUGUGGCAGUAUUAAAGCUCUUUACUGGCCGUGCUUUAUGUUCAUAGUUACAUUAAAUAGUAUUUUUAUUUCCGUUUCUCUGAUUCAAAUUGUUGCACAUUCGAAUAAUUUCAUAGUAGCUGUUAAAUAUGGGGCCUUUGUUGGAAAUUCCAUGAUUCACCUGUUUUUUAACACACACUUUGCGCAAAGAAUAAUGGACUACAGUACUGGUCUUACAGAUACUGUAUACAAUUCUUUGUGGUAUAAAAAACCGUCUGGAAUAAGAAAAAGUUUGUUACUCAUUAUGAUAAGAAGCAGAAUUCCUUGUAACAUAACUGCUGUUAAAUUGUUAAACAUAUCACUGAGGAGUGCUUGUUGGCAUACAUUUUUAGGAAGUCUGAUGGGAGGAUGUAUUGGUUACGUAAUGCCGCCGCUAUUUCCACAAUUUCUUGAUAUUGUUGCACCUCUAAAUGAAUCAAGACCAAAGGAUUUGCCCUUCCCUUUAUAUUGCGACGACAUCGAAUCGAUAUACAGUCCAUGCUUUUUUGUCGUAAUAUCAUUGAAUUGCAUUUUCUUUUCUCUUUCUCUAAUUGAGGUUGUCACACAUAUUGAUGAUUUUGAAAUUGUUUUAAAGUUUGGAGUCCUCACUAGUGCAUCCGGAGUGAAUCUUGUGAUUGACAGUUUUUUAUCGCAAAAAUUAAUGGACUACAGUACUCGUAUCGCUGAUAUUGUAUACGAUAUUGAAUGGGAUCAAAUUCCAGUGAGAGUGCAAAAAAAUUUAAUACUCAUUAUGAUAAGAUGUAGAAAUCCUUGUAAAAUUACAGCUGGCAAAAUGUUGGAUAUAUCAUAUCAAACGGGUGUGGCGAUUGUUAAGGCUUCGUUCUCGUGUUUCACUUUGUUGUUAUCGACAACUUCUUAA